AUGUUAUCAUCACGUGAUGAUAAUUGUUUAUCAGCUCAAUCAAAUUUGUGCUUGCAUGAAAAUAAUGUGUUGCUGAACAUUUUCCGAGAAUCGCAGACAAUCAGAGAAACUUCUACAGUAGUCGGUGUGACACGUCCUCGAAGGUAAUUCGCAAAAAUAUUGGCCUCGACCAGAAAUCACGAAGAGUUUAGAUUCUCGAUAAAAGCAACGUGCUUGAUAACACAUUUGCUGUCAUUUCAUUUCACUUCAUUUCGGUCAAGAGGUUGAUAAAGAGAAAUGACACGGGGUACUGUAGUUUUCCUCGGAGUUUUCCUAUUAUUUUUCACGGUGUUUUGUCAUGAUCCGGAUCCGGAAAUGCACGAAACCACACCGCAAAUUAUCAUGCGUUGGGGUUAUCCAGCUAUGAUUUAUGACGUCACAACAGAUGACGGAUAUAUUCUUGAAUUGCAUCGAAUUCCAUACGGAAAAAGUGAGUAGAGAAAAAACAAUGAAAAAUACCGUAGUUGUUUCGAAGGCGCACACGAUAAUGCGGUUGGGUCUCGCAAAGAAACACACACCGCGCAUAUUUUUCAUUUAUUUUUUUACUUUCAUUUUUCAUUUUCAGCCAAUGUUACGUGGCCUGGCGGCAAGCGGCCAGUUGUAUUUAUGCAACAUGGUUUGGAAUGUGCCAGCGAUAAUUGGAUUGUCAACUUACCCAAUCAAUCAGCUGGAUUCCUCUUCGCCGAUGCUGGAUUCGAUGUUUGGCUUGGAAAUUUCCGUGGAAACACCUACAGCAAGAAGCAUAAGAACUUGAAGCCUUCGCAUUCAGCGUUCUGGGAGUGGAGGUUUGUUUUUUCAAGAAAUGAAUAUUUAUCUUUUGAAAAUUGAACCGUGACGUGGCAUUUUCUCGAACAAUCAGUUGAUUUUUAGCUGGGAUGAGAUGGCAAAAUACGAUCUUCCUGCAAUGAUCAACAAGGCUCUCGAAGUUUCCGGACAAGAUCAUCUCUAUUAUAUGGGACAUUCACAAGGAACUUUGACAAUGUUCAGUCGACUUUCAAAUGAUACUGAUGGAUUUGGAGAUAAGGUAACUUUUUCUGUGAACAAAAUUCGUGAAAUUUUCAUCCUUCAAAAUUUUAUAAAAUUGAAAUUAGUUCCAACUUCUAUUGACCAAACUACAUUCAAAGCGCGUGAGGUUUCGCAAAUAAGUACAGUAGCAAUUUUCUGACGGAAUUUUCCCAAAAAAAAAUAGAUAAGAGGAAAAUCAUGUAAAAUAAAUGUGGGGUGACUAUAUUUUUCGCGAUGAUUGAUGGAGGCAAAAGAUUAGGAAAUCAUAUUUCUUCUAGAUUCGUCAAUUCCACGCUUUGGCUCCCGUUGGCGCCGUCAAGCACAUCAAAGGUCUUCUCAAAUUCUUUGCCGAUUAUUUUGCGCCAGAAUUCGAUGGUUGGUUUGAUGUUUUCGGGUCAGGAGAGUUUACUCCAAAUAAUUGGAUAAUGAAACUGGCGGCUGAUUCGAUAUGCGCUGGGCUAAAAGUCGAAUCCGAUUUAUGCGAUAAUAUUCUAUUUUUGAUCGCUGGCCCUGAAUCAAAUCAAUUGAAUCAAACACGAGUUCCAAUUUAUGUUUCACAUACACCAGCCGGAACUUCUACUCAAAAUAUUGUGCAUUGGCUUCAAAUGGUUCGACAUGGUGGAACACCAAUGUAUGAUUAUGGAACAAAAGGAAACAAGAAGCAUUACGGUCAAUCAAAUGUUCCAGCCUACGAUUUCACAAACAUCAAACGUCCAAUGUAUUUAUAUUGGGGUGAUUCUGAUUGGCUUGCUGAUCCAACAGAUAUUCAAGAGUUUUUGUUGCCACAUUUGAAUCCAAGUUAUAUUGUUGCAAAUAACAAAUUAGCUGAUUAUAAUCAUCUUGAUUUUAUUUGGGGACUUCGAGCACCGGAUGAUAUUUAUAAACCGAUUAUUGAUUUGGUUCGGAAAGAUGUGCUCAAUAAUUAA